GAAAAUGCUCAGAUUUAUCGGUUACCCUCCCAGUGUAAAUAUGUCCAGUCAGUCAGAUGAGGAGAACGAGGUCCAUCCUCUUGUAUCAAAUUUAUUAGAACAAAAGUUCAUACCGCGAACGGGUCACGGAUUCCGGUAUGAUCGAGACGAAAUGAUUCGCUUGUCCACUGUCCCUCUCAGCCUUCAACGUCCUGAAAAUCUUUCUGUCGAAUUCAAUGGUGAUGAUGGCAAAUUCUCGCCGUACAAAUGGUUGGAACAUCGUUGGGAAGUUGAGGGUAUCAAAAAUCGUGCACCGACGAAGAAGCUACAGGAUGCGCUCAAUGCAGGGGCUAUGGACGAGAAUGCUGGUUUGUCUCCGCAACGGCGUGGAUUCUCUGGUGGUUGUCGCGCACCAGCCGAGGAGAAGGGGAAGGAUGGCGCUCCUAGCAGCAGCGGUUUCGGCAGUGAGGGAGGAUGGACCGGUGUUGAACGUGAUCGUGACCGUGUCGGAACGAACAAUUCGAAGAGUUGGCGAGGCGGUUCGAAUGGCGGUUCGGAAAAGUAUUCUGGAAAGGGCAAUGACUUCAAGUUACCAUUUCAAAGAUCAACGGGGUCGAAUGUACGUGGCGCUGGUACGAAUUCAACCGGUUCAUGGCGUUCUGAAAUGAAGGAUCGCGGUCCAUCCAUGGGUGGUGGCAAGUAUUCGCAGGGAAAGAACAGAGAGGAACGUGGAGAGCGCAUUCCAGAAUGGGCUGACGGGGCUACGACUAUGGACGACAUGAUCGAGUUGCGCGGAUUUGAGGAGCCUGUGAAAAAAUCCAAGAAGGGAGGAAGUCGCGCGAAAGAAGAUAAAGAAAAGGAGAAAGAUAAGGAGAAAAAAUCGGAAGCUAGGAAGGAUUCACUUGAAAACGGAAAAGUUGAGAAAUCGCGCAGUAUGGAUGAGUCAGGCUCUGUAACGCAUCAUACUGGACCAGCAUUACCGGAAUCUGAUGCUGAAUUGGCAGCGAUCUUAGGUCUUCUUGAUAUGCCGGAUGAUACUGCAAUGGCUAGCCUUUUUGAUAAGGCAACAAUUACGCCAGACGAAAGUACAUCGACCAAUAGGGGUAGUUUGCUUAGUCGCUUCUCGAAGAGCAAUCAUCAAACGAACGAAUCAUCACAAAAUACUCGCAGCAGUCAGGAUGAGACUCAGUCAGCAAAUCCGCUUUUGGCCAGAAUUUUCGCGCAAACCCCGUCAUCGGGUGGACAGACACCACAGAGCAGCCAGGGAAAUCCCUCGAUGCCUCCAACAGUGGUGGGACCUGGAGGUGUGCGUGCUAUGCGCCUAGAGGACAUUGAAAAAGCGAUCAGCACAAAGGACUCGCGCAGUGGAUCGAUAACGAAGGGCAACCCACUACAGGAUCCCAAUCAGCAAGCUCAUCUCCUAAGUAGACUGCAGAAUUUCGCAAAGCAGCAGGAAGAGGGCGCUCCUCUACCAGCCGCAGGACCAGCUUCAACUACGCCAGCCGGUGUAGUCCCAUCUCUUGGCGGAGUAUUCCCUCCUGGAGCAUCGCCGUUCAUUCCACCAGUGUUACCACCUGGUGCACCUAUGGUGCCACCGGCUUUAUUAGCUCGAAUGGCUGCGGAGAAUCCAGCCUUAGUACAAGCGCAUAUUCAAGCGCAACUUCAACAAGCAAUGGCUGCACAGUUGGCGGCUCAGACGAAUGGAGGUGUUGGGAUUCCUCCCGCACACAUGCCAGACCAUAUCCGUGCAAAUCUUGUACGUCUUCAGCAGCAACAGCUUCUUGCUGCUGCAGCUGCGCAAAAGUUAGGAAAGGUGCGUCCUCCAACACAAAUGAUUCCAUCGUCUGUGCAACGUCAAAUGAAGGCAAGUACAUCGACACCGGAAGAUGGUGCGCAUCGUGGUGCUCGUGCCGAACAGGAUGGUAGUCCUACACAGCAUAUGACUGAUACAGACCCGCUUGAAGUUGCUGCGCGAAACAAUGCGGAUUUGCUGAAGAAGAUGCAUAUGCAACAUCAGUAUGCUGCGAUGAUGAAUGCCAUGCAGGGUGGACUUCCCAUGGCGGCAUGGCGUCCUCCACCACCUAAUGGCGGAAAUGCUGUACCUCCAAAUGCUCAAGCUCAAGCUCAAAUGCUCAUGCAAAUGGCUCAGGUGCAACAGUUGGCACAUGUUCAGCAGCAGCUUCGGAUGAAACAACAGCAACAGGCGGCACUUGCAGCAAAACUUAUGCAAUUACAGCAAGGCCAUCAACAAGCAGUCGCUGCAGCUGGGAUGCAGGUCCCAAGUGCUCCUGAGCGCAAUUCGCAAAACUUCGCUAGCUCAUCUUCGUUCGGUGUUGGUGCCGAUCUGGCGGGUCCUAUCCAAAGUCCUCUGGAGAAACUGCUCGCUGCGGCUGGUGUUCAGCCUUCCCAGUUCACCGGCAACUCAUCGGAGACAACAAACUCGUUUCCAAGCGCAUCUCAGACGGUAGGUCACGGAACGAGAAUGCCACCACCGUCUGUUCGUCCGAUGAGUCUGGAAGAGCUGGAACGUAAACUUACCGAACAGACCAAAUAGAUAGGUUGCUUCACUGGGCGUGGACCUCGUCUCCUCUGACUGCACAGAAAGUAAUUUCUAUUCAUUUUCAUUUUCUUUAUUCCUAAUCUGUUGUUGUAGACCUUAUUCUUUAUUCUUUAUUUUUUGUUUCUUUCCUUUAAUUUCUUCUAGCUGAGAUGUUGUUGUAGGCGCGCCCGGUUCGUUGGUGCAUGUUUAGUUUGUUGUGUGCGUGUGUGUUGGGUGUAUGUCAUUUCAUUUUCACAUAAGACCAUUUUUCCCUAUCUAGAAUUCUUCGGUUUGGCGAUAUAUUUUCGCCGCAAAUUUUUUUUUUUGAAUUCGUUAUAUUCCAGUAUUUCACUCAAUUUUGUGUAUUCGGAGUCCAGAGUUGGUUUGAUGUGUUUACCGGGUGAGCAUUGGGGGACAAUGCAGUUAGCGUCCCGUUCUGCACAAAUAUCACAUUUGCUGGCGAUUGUAUAGACUAUACAGCGUGCGUGCGUCGUUUUCUGGCGCAUUGCCGAUAUUGUGGCGUUUUGUCCUCUUUUUCUUUCCUGUAUUCGUGUGUUUUCUGUCCUCUCGCUUCCUUUGGCUCGAUCUGAUCUGGUUAAUAUGCUUACCGGUGCGUGGCGGGCCAGUGUAUUGCUGUAAUAGAUUUGCUUUUGGUGAUUGUGCAUCGGCUACCUCGAUCUGAAAAGUGCGUGUGCUUUCUAAAAUUGAGUACACCCAGACAGUCGACGAGUGUAGACGUGCACAUCACCACAGAAAGAUAUUUCGGUUUGUACGGUGGUGAUGUAUUAAGCAACUUUUUGCAACGUCUUCUUUCUCUUCUCCACCGUAGGAAGCUAUUUCUAGCCAACUAGUUGCUCUUCGAUAUUAAAUACAACUCGUCGCUAAUUUUGAGCCUUCAAAAUUUACUAUUAAUCUUUACUACCCUAACGUGUUAUGCCCAUUUACAUCUAUAUAAUAAAAGAUGUUUUGAUUGAUGGUUCGAUUAUCUUUGAAAAUGCU